UUAACAAAGCAACGCUUCUCUACACAGAACAAGGUGGAAUUUUCAUGUUAAUCCCAUUUGCAUAACAAAAUUGUUCACAUAUUUUUUCGUUAGUGUCUGAACAUUUAAUCGUGCUGUUCGACAUAGAUUAGUAAAAUAAAUUUGAUUAUUUGCUGCUUAUACAAAAUCUAUGCGAAGCGUUUAUCUCGUACUCAAGCAGUUGGUAAAUAUAUUGUGAAUUGCAACCUCUACACCGAAUCCGUAGCGUAGUAUAAAACCUCACAUUGAGUACGUAUGUGUGCGAUAUUCGUGCGUGCAACGGAGUACCCACAAAGAACAAGCCUUCAGAACUAAAGUAAAGAAAGCAACAAAAAUCAUAAACAAGGGUGCUUCUUGUUUUGAGCAAAGGAAAAGUUACUUGCAAUUCUGCUCUGCCAGAUCAUCUGCUCGUUAGAAGGAAUUGUGUGAUUCGAUACUUAGAAAGGUGAAAUUUGCGGCUAUUCUUAACAAGGAAACCGUAAGGCAACAAAUCUGUUCUGUAUUUUUUCGCGAGCAGGCAAAAACAUUUGGCAGGGCACGAAGGUAAAAUGGCGAAUAUGGCAGUAUCCCGCAUCAAGAGAGAAUUCAAGGAAGUGCUCAAAAGUGAAGAGAUCGUUCAGUGUUCAAUCAAAUUGGAUAUAGUCAACGAUAACUUCACCGAACUACGCGGAGAAAUAGCUGGACCACCAGAUACGCCUUACGAAGGAGGCAUGUUUCUACUCGAAAUCAAAGUACCCGAAACAUAUCCUUUCAAUCCACCGAAGGUUAAAUUCAUCACAAAGAUUUGGCAUCCAAACAUUUCAUCCGUGACCGGAGCGAUCUGUUUGGACAUUCUUAAGGAUAACUGGGCCGCCGCAAUGACUCUACGAACGGUACUGCUAUCACUGCAGGCACUGUUGGCUGCCGCCGAACCGGAUGAUCCACAGGAUGCGGUUGUGGCUACGCAGUACAAAGACAACCAUGAGAUGUUCAUCCUCACCGCCAAGCACUGGACCAACGUUUAUGCUGGGGGUCCCUGUCGGAAUGCUGAUUUCGACCAGAAAGUGCAACGAUUGCGAGACAUGGGUGUAGCGGACUACGAAGCGCGUGCCGCUCUGUCGCGACACAACUGGCACCUCGAACGCGCGUCCGAGCAAUUAUUUAGUUAGUUUAAUUAAUUUCAGUAUGCUAUAAACUUUUGUCCCUAACGAUGUUACUUUUUAUUUUGUCGUUGAAAUUGUCCAUAUUGAACCAUGAUCAAAUACUCGAGAAUCAGCUUUUGGAUUAAUCCAUUAUUUAAAAAAAAAACUCGCAAUUAUUAACAUCGAUGAGAAAGAAGCACGAAGCGUUUGAAAAAUCUUAACACUUUUAUAAAAAAAAAGACAAGCGUUAGUAGUCACUAGAAAACUUGAGCUAUUGCAGGAGAAUCGUGAUAUCGUGUUAUUAUAAAGAAACAAAUAAACCAACUGUUUGCCACCCA